UUUUAAUUAUGAUCGCCAUUCAUAGAAUUCAUCAUCGAAUUGUUGGAAUGUUUGAAUUACAUUUAAUGCUGUUAUUCUUGAUUGAUACCGGGCCUAUUGAUCGAACAAUGGCAUUGCACGGUCUGGAUGAUUCAACAAUAUCUUUAUCAUGGCCUUCACCAUUUUUUUCAAAGACUGCGCCCAAAUUAUUGACUGAUAACCGUCGUUACUUAAGAUAUCACAAUCUUUAUAGUGGUCGUGGUCAUCAUUAUUUACAUCGACAACAGAUAAUUGGUAGAUCAGCAUCAUCCAUCACGAAUGAUUCAACCGUUAUAAUAACAUCGCCUCCAAGAUCAAAUCAAAUGUUUGCUGAUGCCAGUAAUUCGAAUAUUAUCAACAGGACGAUUAUAACUGAUCAUUUUUUGUCAUUGGCAGACUCGUUCAAUGUUCAUCCGCAACAACAUGUUGAUUGUCCACCUACAGAACUUGUUCGUCCUUGCAAAUGUAUUGAACAUCGUAAUGAUUUAUUUUUUCGAACAUUGUUACGAUGUAAUGGGUCAGAUUUCAAAUAUGAACGUAGAUUCGAAAAUAUAUUACUACGUCUAAGUAAACGUUUAGGCAAUCGUCAUUCGAAAUAUUUUGAUUGGCUACAUCUGACAAAUAUGGAUACGGUACGUAAGAUAACCAAGCAUUUUUUUGCCGGAAUUCGUUUUCGACAUCUGAUCAUUGAAGAUGCUCCACAUUUAAAACACCUUCAUCCGGCUUCCUUUAAAUUGGUCACCAAUUCAUUACGAUUUUUUUAUGCAUACAAUACCGGGCUUGAACCAUAUCGAACACAACCAAUGAAAGCUCCACUUGGAUUGAUGCGAAAUCUGACCGAAGUACAUAUUGCAUCUCGUAAGAAUAUCUGUCCACCUAAAGAAAUUAUUUUCCCAUGUGAAUGUAAUGUACGAAAAGAUCAAUUAAUGCCAUUCGGGAUUGAUCGACAAAUAUUACAAAUUCGUUGUAUCAAUCAACGUGGAAUUGUUUACAAUGUGACCAAUAUAUUCAAUCGUUUACAAAAGUUAGUUGCCAUGAAUGCUAUGAAUGAAAGUAGUUCAUUAAGAAAACAUCAUCCGCAAUGGUAUUUCGAUGAGGUCAUCUUACGAAACGUGACUGAAUUGGCACUUAAUUCAUUCGGUGAUGUGGCCAUAUCUGAGUUGCAUAUUGAACAUGCAACCCGACUUCGUUUUAUUGCUCGUCAUGCAUUUCCCGAAAAUUCUACAAUGCAAAAGCUGCGAAUAUCUGGCGCUAAUUUCUCAAAUGAACGAUUGCCCGAAACUUUCGAGGCCAUUAAUAGCCUUAAAUAUCUUCGAAGUCUUUUUGUUUGGUCUUGUACCGUCGAAUAUAUUCCUGAAAUGGCUUUCUCUCAAAAUCAAUUCUACUUGAAAGAGAUCGUCCUUUAUGGCAACAACAUCAAAGCGAUUGGGUCUUAUGCAUUCGCUAAUUUGCCGAAUUUGGAAGAAUUACGAAUCGAUGGCAACAACAUUAUUUUGGUGGACAAAUAUGCAUUCGCUACCAACUAUACAAGCUUUCAUCCAUUACGUUUAACUAUGGUGGCCAACAAUUUGAAUGAGAAUAGUUUUGCAUUUAUGGCCAUGAAUGGAGCACAACGUCCCGUUCAUUUAUCAUUCGCAGAAAUCGGUGGUUGCUAUUGGAAUAUGAAAUAUCUAGAUGAACAAAUAUUUGCACCAUUUUUGGAUAAAUCGACUAAUCGUGUAUACAUUGAACCAGAAUGUGAACUUCAAUGCAAUGAUUGCCGUAUGAAAUGGUUGAUCGAAAUUCCGAAACAUGCACAGAAAAGAAUAACAUUGUUGACCGACUCUAAUUAUCGUAGCAUUUACAAUGUAACCAAUGAAGGUUAUGUACCAUGCGAGAAUGGCGUCAAUCUAUAUGAUAAUCUAAAUCAAUGGAUCAUUGAAUGGAAUAAUUGUCCAUAAUAAGCAUCAAAUUGUUAUGGCACACCAAUGCAAUUGAUGUUGUUGAUUAUCAUCAUCUCAAAUAUUUUUCAUAAUGUUAACGAUUUUGUCAUAAUGUUUAAUGUUUAAUUUUUAUUGAAUAAAUUCAAUU